AUGGCCGGAAGCCGUCGCCGCCGCCGCCGCCGCCGCGCUAGAGAGCUGCUGCCGCAGCAGGGCACCGAACCCUCGCCGCCGGAAGACGCCGCUCUGAGCUCGAGAGAAGUUACCACUGUGGAGAGUCCCUGCCCUGCCUCAGCCUCUACCUCUUCGCCUUUGUCUGGACCUCAUGUUUGUGCAGAUCUCCUGGACAGCCUGCUUCACGAAAUAAUUGCUCUCUUUAACUCAUUCCAAGACUUCCUUGCUUUCAUUGGCACCUGCCACUCAUGGCGCACUGCAGUCUCUACCUUUCCCUCUGUGUAUACAUUCAGCUUCCCGCCACUCCAUUUCAAACCAGAUGGUCCAUAUGUUCAUCCACAUAGUGGCGAUAUCAAGCCCAUCCUUUUAUCUAAUUGCAGAUGGCAGCUCAGUGAUCCUACCAAGAAAAACUUAUCCCUUGUGUGCUCAGUGCCUGAAAAUAGUCCAAAUGCAAUGCACUAUUUGGGCUGCUCAUAUGGGUAUCUUAUCUUCUCCUACGAGGAGCACUGCCUCCUUGUGGAUGUGUACACUGGUAGCAAGGUGAAGCCCCCCAAACUCCCACCCAACAACAAUCUUGGGUACUUUUGUGGCAUAGGCAUCCUUACGGCUCCAUUAAUUUCAGCCAACUCUCGCCUCCUCCUUUUCUCGAGGGCUUCCAUGUUUGAGUGGCAGGUUGGAACAAACUCCUGGUCAGAGCACCCUCUUGAUCUUGGCCGCGAACGCAUCUAUCAGAUUGUGUUCUUCAAAGGUGAUAUCUUUGCCAUAGAUGCUCUUAUGAGGCUCCACACUAUACACUUGACACCUCGGUUCAGCAUGCGAGAAGUACCAAUUCAAUGGGAAUUCCUGUCUAUUAACUUAUGGUUGGUGGUCUGUGGUGACAUGCUCCUCAUGAUUGCCCAGAGGUUAAACUCUGGCGGAUUGGAUGGCUCAUCCUUUAAGGUCUUUCGACUCGACUUCACUGUUGAACCAGCUAAGUGGGUGAAGGUGGAGAAGUUGGAAAAUAUUGCCCUGUUUGUUAGCCUUGAUAGGAGGGAUCCUACAUUUUAUUGCAUGAGCCCAGAAAGAUGGGGAGGAAAGAGUAACUGCAUUUAUUUUGCAAGGCUAUCUGAAGAUCCUGAGGAAACUUGGUCUGCCGCUGAGCUUGGUCAGCUAGUGCCAAAAAACGCAGUUCACCCCAUGUUCUAUGGUAUGUCAUUCCCUCCCGACUGUGGUGUACUGAGUAGCCUAUGGGUGUUCCCCAGUUUAAUUUAUGGUUCUGGCUAG